CGGAACCGGACAGGCCGGGCUGAGGGACAGCGGCGAAAGGCAGAGGGCUGCGAUCUCCGUCGGGAAGCGCAAACUCCCCGGGCCCCGCGGGGCCGCUCAGGGGGCGUUCUCACUCCCGCGCCCGCUCCCUCUUUUCAUCCCCUGCCGCCCGCAGACUACCCGGGGCUCGGUUAUCCGCGCGCGCGCGCCCCCGGGCUCGGGCCCGUCUCCGGCCCUCGAGGGAGCCGCCGCCUUCACCGACACGUUUGCAGCGGCCGUGCCUGAGGCCGCCCGGGUAGGACCCCGGCGUGAGCAUCGAGUGCCCCCCAAGGAGUGCACGACCCCCAGAGCCGCCCUCAACACGGACCGCGCCCGCCGGGCACACAAGAAUGGUCACUCAGAUACUCGGGGCCAUGGAGUCUCAGGUGGCAGGGGGCCCGGCCGGCCCGGCCCUGCCCAAUGGGCCACUCCUUGGUACAAACGGAGCCACUGACGACAGCAAAACCAAUCUCAUCGUCAACUACCUGCCCCAGAACAUGACCCAAGAUGAGUUCAAGAGUCUCUUUGGCAGCAUUGGUGACAUUGAGUCCUGCAAGUUGGUUCGGGACAAGAUCACAGGGCAGAGCCUCGGCUACGGGUUUGUGAACUACUCUGACCCCAAUGACGCAGACAAAGCCAUCAACACCCUCAAUGGCCUCAAACUGCAGACAAAGACCAUCAAGGUGUCCUAUGCCAGACCCAGCUCUGCAUCCAUCCGGGAUGCCAACCUGUAUGUCAGCGGGCUCCCCAAGACCAUGAGCCAGAAGGAAAUGGAACAGCUCUUCUCGCAAUAUGGUCGCAUCAUCACUUCCCGAAUCCUGGUGGACCAGGUCACAGGCGUGUCUCGGGGUGUGGGGUUCAUCCGCUUUGACAAGAGGAUUGAGGCCGAGGAGGCCAUCAAAGGACUGAAUGGGCAGAAGCCGCUGGGUGCAGCCGAGCCCAUCACGGUCAAGUUUGCCAACAACCCAAGUCAGAAGACAGGGCAGGCCCUGCUUACUCACCUUUACCAGUCAUCGGCCCGGCGCUACGCAGGCCCUCUGCACCAUCAGACACAACGCUUCCGGCUGGACAAUUUACUCAACAUGGCCUACGGAGUCAAGAGUCCCCUGUCGCUCAUCGCCAGGUUCUCGCCCAUCGCCAUCGACGGCAUGAGCGGCCUGGCGGGCGUGGGCCUGUCGGGGGGUGCAACGGGUGCUGGCUGGUGCAUCUUCGUGUACAACCUGUCUCCGGAGGCGGACGAGAGUGUGCUGUGGCAGCUGUUCGGGCCAUUUGGGGCGGUCACCAACGUCAAGGUCAUCCGCGACUUCACCACCAACAAGUGUAAGGGCUUCGGCUUUGUCACCAUGACCAACUACGACGAGGCGGCCAUGGCCAUCGCCAGCCUCAACGGCUACCGCCUGGGCGAGCGCGUGCUGCAGGUGUCCUUCAAGACCAGCAAACAGCACAAGGCCUGAGCCACUGCCGCCCUCCCCACCCUCCCCGGGCAGCAGAGAGAGAGAGAAAGAGAGAGAGAGAGAGAAAGGAGGGGCCCGAGAGAGACAGCACAGGCAGACCACGAACGGCACGAGGCCCCGCACCCCUGCGGAAGCCACAGGGUGAGCGCUCGGGCUGGGAGGGUGUGCAGGCGAUGGGGGGUGCCUGGGGGUCCCCCACCCCGUCCUCCUGCCCCUACCCCAGGCUGGGCUGUUCACUCUCUCGUCUUGGUUUUGUUCAUGGCGAUGGUUUUUGUUUCUUUUUUCGGCUAAAAAGAAAGUAGAGAUGUGCCCCUAUCCAACCCUCAACCACCCUCCGUGGGAUGGCUUUGGGGGGUGCCGGGGGUUUCCUCCAGGUUUCCCCAGUGCUGAGGUGAGCCUAAGUGGGGGAGGACACAGGUUUAAAAAUCCCCAACAAAGCAAAACAUGAGAGGGGUGUGGGCAUCCCUGGCCCAGAGCCCCUUGGUGGAUUGUGAGGAGCAGGAUGAGGGGCUGGA